AUGACUUUGCUCUGGUCUCUCAACGACAUCAUUUCCUUCCAGCCCUUCUCCGCGGCAAUCGCGACAAAAGCCCUCGACCGGGAGGACGCCGUUCAUCCACUGGUGAACCCAGGUGUUUCGUGGGCAUGGUCUUGCUCCAUCCCUGACACGUUGACAUUGUUCGUCUCGAAAGCAAACACCCAAGUGCAUGCAUUCGGACUCGCCAGUGAAGUAGUAUUUGUGGCACAUCCUUUAUUCUGA